AUGACUUUAUUGCAUACAUUACUUGCCCUCGAUUACCUACAUACAGAAGUUGGCAUUAUCCACACUGAUAUACAAGAAAAGAAUAUUAUGCUCGGCAUUGACGACAUUUCAAUCUUGGCUGAUUUUGAGCAAGCAGAGAAAUCUAGCCCUAGCCCCCGGAAGAUUGUUGGGGAUCGGGUGAUUUAUUCCUCUCGCAAACUCCCAGAAACUAAGCUGCAUGGCCAACCUAUUCUAUGUGACUUCGGCCAAGCGCGGUUUGGAUCGACUCGUUACUGUGGUGAUAUCCAACCAUAUAAAUACCGGGCUCCUGAAGUCUUACUACGUAUGUCUUGGGAUCAAAAGGUUAAUAUUUGGAACGUUGGGGUAGUGGCUUGGGACCUUUUCCAAAAAGGCCAUCUCUUUUACGGUCGAGAUUCGAUGAAGCAAAACUCGGAUGCCAACCAUAUCGCUGAGAUGAUUGCGCUUCUUGGACCACCGCCACAAGAGAUGCUGCAAGACAGCAGCUAUUCUACAAACUUCUUUGAUACCGAAGGUAUUUGGAAGGGAGCCGUCCCGGUUCCGUUAAAGUCUUUGGAACAGCUCGAGGAAAACUUGCAUGGCAAACAGCAGCAACUCUUUCUCGCCUUUAUCCGCAAAAUGCUUCGGUGGCGACCAGAGGAAAGAAAUACUGCAAGGGAAUUAUUGUCGGAUCCGUGGCUAACGUCGCCGUAA